CCCAGACACUCUCUUGGAAAGCCUUGUUUCUGAUACAUAUUAUGGUCUCCAGUUCUCCCUCUCCAAGAUCGCGCUGGUUGCCACGCUGGAUCUUACAGCUUUUCGGCUACUCUUCGUUGGCAGCUGCUGUCAUUAGUUUUGCCAUUUAUUAUUACAAAAAGUCCACUCGCCAACUCCAGGACAAUUCCCAUUCGAAAUCGAUUCCUUCUUUAAGUGGAUCCUCUACUCAGGUUUCUGGCGAUGACAAAUCUGCCCUUCCGGGUACAUCCUCUUCAACCGUAGCGGCAGGUGGUUGGAGCGCUAAACUGCUCGGUUCGGUCCCCAACUCACGUAAGAAGAAAGAAAAACUAACCAUUUCCUUGAAGAAUACCAUUCUGUGGAACCCGUCCUCUGAUGUCGAUGUACCCAACCAUGCGUUCCACGAACAUGCCACCACGUUGUUAUCACGUCUGUCGCAGCUAUACGACGUCUAUUUGCUUAUUAGCGUUGGCUCAAAGGAGGAGCAAGAUCAGAUCCAACAUUUGCUUGAUCAUGCGGGAUUAAUAGGUAGUGAUGGAUUGGACAAGCGAAAAAUCCUGUUUUGUUCCACUGAAGAAGGCAAAAUUCAUAUUGUGCGUCACGUGGAACCGUACAUGCAUGUGGAAGGUGGAGGAGAGCUCGACGAUGGCGGUAAUAGUGUAAAGAAAUUGCAACCUUUUGUUCCGAAACUGCUAUGGAUUGCAACUCGUGGCAAAUACAAAGAAGCUGACAAAUCAGCCUCCAAUAUCGAAGUAACGGAUCAUAUCCUAAAGUCGUCUCUGGCCCGCAGAGCUGGAUACGAAGCAUAAUUCGCGAUUCCCCCAUAAUUACCAUAGACACAACCCAUGCUAAAUUAUAAAGUGCUAGCAAUACAUUGUAACAUCCUACGAGCCUCCCUUUUAUCAAUUUAUCAGAAACAGCAGAGACUAUGUUUGCAAAAUCUGUUUUCAGCGAACUAUGAAUAAGUAAAAGGACAAAAGCAUAA